GGCCCGCCGCCGCCCUAUAGUCAGCCGCCGCCGGUGUUCGAGUCAUGUGGUGCCGCCGCCGCCGCCCCGCCACCUGAGCCUCGCCGCGAGAGGCGCCGCCGCCGCCGUGCCGCCGUUGUGCCACCCUGCUCCGCGAUGUCCGGCGCCACAGUGAACUCCGCCGCGGGGGACGGCAAGCCGCAGUCCGCCUUCAGCGCCGUCGUCAAGAAGAGUUUCUCGUCGUUUUCCGUGGACUCCAUCCUGAGCGGCGGCGACCCGCGCCCCGCACGCCUCGGCGACGAGGCCGCCGAGGGGCCCCGCGGGGCCCUGGGCUGCCCCGGCUCCACGCACGCCACAGAGUUCCUGCUGCGGCAGGAGAGAGCCACAGACUCGUGUAAAAAGGACCGUGAGUUGCGGGAGGGUGUGUCGCCCUCGCCGCCAGGGUGUGGGGAGGAGGUGGAGGAGGACGUGCACGUGGAGACAGACACUGAGGAGGAGAAGGAGCGGGAGGCCACCGAGCGGCUGCUGGCGCGACCCGUCAUCAGACCCACGGCGCUGGGGCCGCUGCAGGACCCGCGACUGGUGGGCCUGGGCCACGCCGCGCCGCCCGCGCCCUCCCUGCUGCCGCCACACCUGCAGGCCGGCCUGUGGCCCUCACUGCCCCUGCUGCACCACCAGCUGUCCCUCCGCGCGCUGGCCAAGACGCCCGAGCCGCCGCGGUUCCAGGGCCCCGUGAAGGUGCAGCUGAGGAAGCACAAGCCGAACCGCAAGCCGCGCACGCCCUUCACCACGCAGCAGCUGCUGUCGCUGGAGAAGAAGUUCCGGGAGAAGCAGUACCUCAGCAUCGCCGAGCGGGCCGAGUUCUCCGCCUCGCUCAGCCUCACCGAGACGCAGGUCAAGAUCUGGUUCCAGAACAGACGCGCCAAGGACAAGCGGCUCAAGGAAUCCGAGAUGGAGCGGAUGCGCCUCGCCUCAGAGCCGCUGGUGCCGCCCAACCCCUUCUUGCCGCCCGCCUCCCUGCUGCCGCCCCUGCUGCUCAACAGCCCCUUCGUCCAGGGCGGCAUGCGCCACCCCCUGGGGCCGCCCACCGUGCCGCCGCCCGCUGCCUCCCCGCCCACGUCGCACUAGCGGCGCCCACCACGCCCUUGUCCCCUCCCUGUCCCGCCCACAGCCUCCCGGUACCAGGAGUGGCGGCCCCAGGGGGCGCUACUGCCCUUGUGGGUUGUCCCAGCAGGCCCCAGCACCGAGGCGGGGCCGCAGCGUCCCUCCCGCCCCAGUGUACAUAAUGUACAGCCGCUGCCGUGUAUAAUGAAGUGUACUGCUUGCCAAAGAGCGUAAUAUGCAUUAUAUUGUUUAUCUUGUUUAAUCUAAUUUAUAAUGAUAACGAUAACAAUAAAGGUAUUUUUAUA